AUGGCGAAGUUCCAGACUUCGACCAAUCUCUCCUCGAUCCUCAUCCAUGUACUUCUUUUCCUCUUGAACCUCGUCUCCGGCUACGCGAUCUACACCCCGGACGAUGUUGGCCUUUACAUGAACGAUACCUCCAUGGCUCCGAACGGCUCAUUUUUCUCAAUCAACAGCAAUGCAAACGAUGGCUACAGUGCUAAUUGGGUUGCAAGGUGGGCUGCUAUUGGCGACAGCUUCACUGCCGGGAUCGGUGCGGGAAAUCUGUGGUCAAAGAACGCCGACGAUGUCGCGUACUCUCGUUACGACAAGUCGUAUGUCGGCGUCCUGGACCGCGCCUUUGGCGAUUCGGUGAAACAUUUCCAGUACCUUGCAUGCAGUGGCGCGCGCACUUCCGACAUCGUGGAACAAGCGAAGAAGCUGGAAUCUGACAUGGACCUUGUCGUCAUGACGGCUGGGGGUAACGACCUCUGCUUGACCGAUGUGAUCAAGUCGUGCAUCAUGCUUCCCUACGGUGGAAAGAAGGGUUGCGAAGACGCCGUCAGCAAAGCCGAGGCGAACAUCGACAGCAUCUUGAAGCCCAACAUCCGCGAAAUCCUGAACGAACUCAACGACAAGAUGAAGCAUGACGGCGUGGUCGUGUACGCCGGGUACGCACAGUAUUUCUACGAUGAAGACAAGGAUGACGACUGCGAGCUCAAGCAGGACUUCACGUUCCCGAGAUCCGGGCUUGGUUACAAGUUGACCUUGGAGAAUCGCCGAAAGUUCAACGAACUCGUGCUCAAGACAAACCGGGCCAUUGAGUCUGUUGUUGAUGAAUAUCGCCAGAAGAGCGGCGUGAGAUACAAGAUCCGUUUUGCUGACUGGAACCCCUGGGUUGAAAGCGACAAGGUUGCUGGACAGAUGUGCUGGCCUGGAACGACAGGAAAGGUCCCGGACCCAAAGCAACCCAACAUCCAAUUCUUCAAGCCCGCCACGAACAGGCCAAACAAGGAAGACCUCAAAAAACGCGACGACGAUCUACUAGACGAUACAAUUGAGCCGGCUCCUGAACCAGCACCUGAGGAACAGCUUGAGGUACAAUCGUUGGCAAAGAGAUGGAAGGAGAGGUUAUACAACUCCAUCUUGUACCGCACUGGAAAUCCCAUGGCCGAAGCCCUGGCUCGCCUGACCCGCAGAGGUCCCAUCAUUCCUCCUGGCUGUCCCACCGACAACGACUACGAUUUUGGCUUUGGCCUGCCGGAUCGUUGGGGUAAAUUCUUCCACCCGAACGAGCUUGGCCACACGACAUUGGCAUCCUUCGUCAUGCACGCAGCCCUGGCGGGGCACUCCGAGGCCAUUGGCGGUAGUUAUUCAGUGUGCAAGUUGCGCGACACAUUCCAGUGCUUUUCGCACAGCCGGGAUUUGGGGGCGAGGUACAUGAGUCCUUCUGUGGUGGAUGCCACCUACCAAAAGUACUGCGAGGAGGUGGUCGAACACGCAUCCCCCAACUGGAUCGACCAACGCGUGUUCAACGAGGGCACCCACGAAGCGCACAUGUACACGAUUCAGCUCAGCAAUGGGGCCGCCAAGUUUGACAAGCAGCAAUGUCUUGAUUCAUUCAAGCACAUCAUCUACUCCUGCGACCCGGCCCAGUACCCCAAUGCCUAUGGCUAUAAGCACGGAGGGAAAUACACACGAGGUAGCUACACCUAUCAGUUGGAAUCUGUCUCUCCACACCCUCGGACUUGGCCCCUUGAUAAGCCCAGAGGUAAAUGCGAAGGGUGGUACAAGGUCGCCUUUUCGAGAUAUACCAUGCGAGGGGCUGGAUGGGGUGCGGACAAAGGGGAGAAACUGAAGGCAAGCAUCAAAAGUUGCAUUGGGCUGGGAUUGACUGAUUAUCACUUCCAAUGGCUCGAUAAGCCGGACAAGGAUGGCAUGGAAUGGAAGGCCACGUUCAACACCCCGGUUUUCACGCGCAGGCGGUGCUUCAACAACAACAAGGUGCAGAAGAAAGCUGGUGGUAUCACUGAUGGAUGCCAGGGCAAUGAUUAG